AUGGACGGCGGCAAGAAGAGCCGGAACCCGCACAAGGCGCCCGCGGACAACCGCAGCGACCGCAAGUCGGCCACCGGGAUGAGCGGCGACCCCAAGAAGGGCGGCCGCGGCGGCAAGUUCACCUGGGAGGGCGCCGACGGCUACGCCGACGAGGACCUCGGCCUCAUCUCCUCCAAGAACGCCAACAGAAACGGCGGCCGCGCAGCUGGCAAGGGAAGCGCCGCCGCCAAGAAGGAGGAGGACGACGACAACGAGUAG